CCAAAAGAAUAAAUAAAUAAAUAACAUUGAGAACGUGUAUAAAAAUAGAAGCUCUGCGAUCUUCACAAUACAAAACCAAACCAGAGAGAAAUUUACGCUCACAUCAACAAAAACAAUUCCUCUUUUAUGUUUUCUUAUAUUUAAAUUUCUUGAAUUGAAAAAUAAAGCAUUUCCUGAUAUUAUUACCGAAAAAUCAAUUCCCGCUGUAUAUUGAAUGAAGCCACACACACAUUUGGCGGUAUUCCGAUUUCUCAGCACAAACUCAUCGUCGUUCGUCUAGUGUAGUUUUUUUCUUUGUUCGAUGCAUCGGGAAAUGGUAAGUGGUUAGGUUUGGUGGUCAGAGAGAAAUGGAUUCAGCGAGGAGCUGGUUUCAGAAAUUUCAGCCAAGAGAGAAGCUACGAUCAACGACUAGAAAGAAAGACGCAUCUGAUGAAUCGUCAAAUAACGAACCUAAAUCGCCAUCGGAAGAUGAUGAAUCCCUAUCUAAUACAACCAAACAGAAAGUUGCUGCUGCCAAGCAGUACAUUGAAAAUCAUUACAAGGAGCAAAUGAAGAAUCUCCAAGAAAGAAAAGAACGACGGACGAUACUGGAAAAGAAACUGGCUGAUGCUGAUGUGUCAGAGGAAGAUCAGAACAACUUACUAAAAUUCUUGGAGAAGAAAGAAACUGAAUACAUGCGUCUUCAGAGGCAUAAAAUGGGCGUUGAUGAUUUCGAAUUGUUAACUAUGAUCGGCAAAGGUGCUUUUGGAGAGGUUAGAGUGUGUAGGGAAAAUACAACAGGUCAUGUGUAUGCUAUGAAAAAACUUAAGAAAUCUGAGAUGCUUCGAAGAGGCCAGGUUGAGCAUGUGAGAGCUGAAAGGAACCUACUGGCAGAGGUGGAUAGCAAUUGUAUUGUAAAGCUUUAUUGUUCUUUCCAAGAUGAGGAGUUUCUGUAUCUUAUAAUGGAAUACUUGCCUGGUGGAGAUAUGAUGACUCUACUUAUGAGAAAAGAUACAUUGACAGAAGAUGAAGCUAGAUUUUAUGUUGCAGAAACAGUUCUAGCUAUUGAAUCUAUCCAUAAACACAACUACAUUCACAGGGAUAUCAAGCCCGACAACUUGCUACUUGAUAGAUAUGGACACUUGAGGCUUUCUGAUUUUGGGCUAUGUAAACCAUUAGAUUGCAGCACCAUCCAAGAAGGGGAUUUUUCAGUAGUGAACAACAGUGUUAAUGGGACUGCACAGAAUGAAGAACGGCCAGCAGCUCCAAAGCGCACUCAACAGGAGCAAUUAAAGCAUUGGCAGAAGAACAGGAGGAUGCUUGCUUAUUCAACAGUCGGCACACCUGACUAUAUUGCUCCGGAAGUACUGCUGAAGAAAGGUUAUGGGAUGGAAUGUGAUUGGUGGUCGCUUGGUGCUAUUAUGUACGAAAUGCUUGUGGGAUAUCCUCCUUUCUACUCAGACGAUCCAAUGUCUACUUGUAGGAAGAUAGUAAAUUGGAGAACUCAUUUGAAAUUCCCAGAAGAAGCAAGAUUGUCUAGAGAGGCAAAAGAUGUCAUCAGCAAACUCUUGUGUAAUGUCAACCAGAGAUUGGGAACAAAAGGCGCAGAUGAAUUAAAGGCUCAUCCGUGGUUUAAUGGUGUUGAAUGGGAUAAACUUUAUCACAUGGAAGCGGCAUUUAUCCCAGAGGUCAAGGAUGAUCUAGAUACUCAAAAUUUCGAAAAGUUUGAAGAUUCUGAGAACCAGAAUCGAAGUACAACAAGAACCGGUCCAUGGAGAAAGAUGCUCUCUUCUAAAGACCUCAAUUUUGUGGGCUACACAUAUAAGAACUUCGAAAUUGUGAAUGAUUAUCAAGUUCCCGGAAUGGCUGAUUUGAAGAAGAAAACCGCCAAAUCGAAGAGGCCAUCUGUCAAGUCGCUUUUCGAAGCAGAUUCAGAAACAUCAGAAUCAUCAGAUACAACUAGUGAUCAGUCUGUUCACGGAAGUUUUCUAAAUCUCUUGCCUCCUCAACUAGAAGUAUGUGAAAAGCAAAAGGAUUCUCUCUAACCCUGCAAUUCCCUUUGUGAUGUCAGACGAUGAGCUCCAUCCUAUUACCCAACUGCAAUUUCAAUUAUUACACUUCAUUCUUAAUGCUCUGCUUUUUCCGCAUUUUGGUUUGUUGCUCUAGCGACAGUUGCUGAAAGUUUGAGAGGCUCAAUUGGAUGAAGUUCUGGGUUCCUAAGCAACUAUUUAGCUUACCCCUGCUGGAGGAACUGUUCUGCAAGUUUUCUCGGUUAUUAUAAAGAUGAAAACCAGACAGGACGAAGAGCAGUAGAUUAAGGUACUAAUUCAUUUGCUGUCGGAAUGUAAUUUAUUCAUUUUUAAUCCUUCACUGGCUUCAAAAUGUUGUACAAAUUCACUCUUUUUUUUUUUUUUUUCUUAACUCAUACCCUGUAUAUGAAUAUAUGCACUAAUGAUAGCAAAAGAAACAGGUA